AUGGCGUCAGUGGACAGCACCGGUUCGAGGGUCUCUGGUCGGAUGAGAUCAGGGGAUCUUCUUUACACUGGUAUGGCAGUUGUGCUGCUGCUCGGUGUAUGGAGUGUUGGUGGACUGGAGGUCAGCACUGGUAAAGUGUCUCAACUUGAAGCAAUGAAUGGCUCCACGGUCCUGCUGCCCUGCACCUACUCCUCCUGCAUUGGCAUCCAAAAUCUGUACUUCAACUGGCACUAUAAUGACAAUGGAACCAUGCUAAAGCUAUGUGAAGCGGUGAUUCCUAACGAGGGUGUGGAGCCCAGGGUCAAUGUCUACCAUGAGCGUGUGGAGUUUGUCGGCUCCUCAAAGAGCAACAACAUCUCCAUCCUGCUGUGGAACAUCACGUUUGAAGAUGAGGGAGAAUACAUCUGUUUCGCCAGGAACCCAAAAGAGAAGUACCGCAACCACAGUGCCGUCUACACUCUCAUAGUGGUGGACCAAAUGAGAGAGGUUGACACCACUUUGACAACCAUCAUUGUCUCAGUGGUGGGUGGAGUGAUUGGCUUAAGUAUCCUUGGCAUGGUGAUAAAGGCCUUGGUUGUCCACUUCCUGCUGAAGGAUGAUGAGAAGAACAAAGAGUGCCUGGUGAGCUCAGGGAAUGACAACACAGAAAAUGGACUUUCAGGAGCCAAAGCAGACAACAAAGGGACACCAAAGGCAUAAGUGA